AGCGCCCGUGGGUGCUGCACUGCCGACGCAGCCCGGACGAGCCCAGUCCCACCCGAGGGAGCCUGCCUCCGGUACUGAGGCUUUCCAGGAGCAGUGAGGCAGAAGGAGCUUGGGAGCGCUGGGGGCUGCCUUGGACUGUUCCGGAGGGGCGUCGAGGAUUGCAGCCCUGCCCGGAUACCCAGUCCAGCCUGAGAUGCCGCUAACUUGCAGGAGGUGGUCGCCUGAUAGACAGGAUUCGCAAGUGGUAUUAUAACGCAGCUGGAUUCAACAAACUUGGAUUAAUGCGAGAUGACACAUUGUAUGAAGAUGAUGAUGUAAAAGAAGCACUGAAGAGACUUCCAGAACAUCUUUACAAUGAAAGAAUGUUUCGUAUAAAGCGAGCGCUCGACUUAAGCCUGAAACAUCAGAUCCUUCCAAAAGACCAGUGGGUGAAGUAUGAAGAGGAUAAGCAUUACCUUGAACCGUACCUAAAAGAGGUAAUCCGUGAGAGACAUGAAAGAGAAGCAUGGAACAAGAAAUAACUUCAUGCAAAUAGCCACAUAUUUCUGAUAUUUUUAAACGUUUGGUUAUAAAGUCUACAGGGAGGCACAUGUGAGGCUGAGGAAUACUGUUUCAGCUCGUUCAUUGAAUCUCUUCAUCCAACUAAAAUAAACAUGUCAAAGUAUAAAA